GAUGGGCUCUAUUUAGAAUCAGAAAACCUGAGAAAGGCAGAAAACAAACUUCUGAUGGAUUCUACAAAAUGUGCGAGUCGUUGUACAUGUACUUCCAAGAAUAACGAUCUGGCUAAGACGACCAGUGGUGAUAUUAACAACUCACCCACUCCUUCUUUUGUAGUCUCUCAAAGAACUCUGACAGUACACGCUGAAGGGGAAGUAACCUCAGAACCUGAUAGGUACACACUGACCAUAAACAUUACUAGUAUAAAACUGAAAUUAGAAGACGCACAGUUAAGUGUCAAGAGAAGAUCUGAUUAUAUCCUACAAGCUAUUCGUAAUCAUAAUUUCAAUAAUAAGUGUAUCAAAGUCCUUGAAGAAGCAGUCAGACUGCCGGCAUCAGUCAAUAAUCGAGACACAGAGCAAGAGAGUCACCAGGUCAAGUGUAUUAUUAAUAUUGAAGGGGAUGAAAUGGAAAAAGUAUUAGCGAUAAAGAAUCUACUUGUUGAAAAAAUGGAUGCUAAUGUUGUAUGCAGUGCAGUAGGUUGUUAUCACAGUCCUGGACACAAAGCAAAGAAAUGUGAAGAAGCAUUUAAGUGUGCAGUAUCACUAGCAAAGGCAAAAGCAAACUCUGUUACACAGUCACUUGGAGUACAGUUAGGAUCAAUUCUGAAUCUAAUCGAAGAGGGAAGAGCGGUGGAGAACAAAGACACACAGAAUUAUUGUAUUGAUAUUAAAAACUACUGUAUUUUAACAUACACUACUACUGUAUCUGCUAUUUUUGAGGUAUUACCAAUCAAAAGGAGGAAAUAAUUUAAAACUACAUUCACUUUUGUUUAAUACUUGAAUCCUCUUAUUGUCAUUAUAGCCCUCACCAAAUACAUGUAUUUGUGUAGUUGAGAACAAUUUUAAUUGUUUACUGGUUCACAAAUUCAUUUUUGCCAUUGUAUUAAUGAAACUGAA